GCAGGCGGCAGCAUGCUAAACCGGGUGCGCUCGGCCGUGGCGCACCUGGUGAGCCCCAAGUCACCGGACCCGCCUGGUGAGACCACGGCGCCGCCCACCGCCUUUGCAGAAACACCCAGGAGUCCUUCGGUGAAGAGCGGGGCGCCUGCCAAGACCGGGGAGACUCGAGCGAGCUUCUCCAGACCGACCUUUCUGCAGCUGAGCCCCGGGGGGCUGCGCCGUGCAGAUGACCACGCGGGCCGGGCUGUGCAAAGCCCUCCGGACACGGGCCGCCGCCUGCCCUGGAGCACGGGCUACGCCGAGGUCAUCAACGCUGGCAAGAGCCGGCACAACGAGGACCAGGCUUGCUGUGAAGUGGUGUAUGUGGAAGGUCGGAGGAGUGUGGCUGGGGUCCCCAAAGAGCCUAGGAGAGGCCAGGGACUGUGCUUCUACUACUGGGGCCUCUUUGAUGGCCAUGCGGGGGGCGGAGCUGCUGAAAUGGCCUCGCGGCUCCUGCACCGGCACGUCAGGGAGCAGCUGAAGGACCUCGUAGAUAUACUUCAGGACCCCUCACCACCUCCACUCUGCCUCUCACCCACUCCGGGGACACCAGGUUCCCCCAAUCCUUCUCAGCUAGUUGGGCCUCAGUCCUGCUGCUCUCCACAGAAGGAAGUGACCCAUGAGAGCCUGGUCGUGGGGGCCAUCGAGAAUGCCUUCCGGCUCAUGGACGAGCAGAUGGCCCGGGAGUGGCAUGGCCAGCAAGUGGAAGGAGGCUGCUGCGCGUUGGUUGUGGUCUACCUGUUAGGCAAGGUGUAUGUGGCCAAUGCAGGUGACAGCAGGGCCAUCAUUGUCCGGAAUGGUGAAGUCAUUCCCAUGUCCCGGGAGUUCACCCCGGAGACCGAGCGCCAGCGACUUCAGCUGCUGGGCUUCCUGAAACCAGAGCUGCUGGGUGGGGAAUUCACCCACCUCGAGUUUCCUCGCAGAGUUCUGCCCAAGGAGCUCGGCCAGAGGAUGCUGUACCGGGACCAGAACAUGACUGGCUGGGCCUACAAAAAGAUCGAGCUGGAGGAUCUCAAGUUUCCUCUAGUCUGUGGGGAGGGCAAAAAGGCCCGGGUGAUGGCCACCAUCGGGGUGACCCGAGGCUUGGGAGACCACAACCUGAGGGUCUGCAGUUCCACCCUGCCCAUCAAGCCCUUCCUCUCCUGCUUCCCGGAGGUACAAGUGUAUGACCUGACACAGUAUGAACACUGCCCGGAUGAUGUGCUCAUCCUGGGAACAGAUGGCCUGUGGGAUGUCACCAACGACAGUGAGGUUGCCGCCACUGUUGACAAGGUGCUGUCCGCCUAUGAGCCUAAUGACCCCAGCAGGUACACAGCUCUGGCCCAAGCUCUGGUCCUGGGGGCCCGGGGCACCCCCCGGGACCGUGGCUGGCGACUGCCCAACAACAAGCUGGGUUCUGGGGAUGACAUCUCCGUCUUCGUCAUCCCCCUGGGAGGGCCCGGCAGUUACUCCUGAAGGGCUCAGCCUCAGCUUCCCCUGCCAUCAUAGAGCGGCCCCUCUCUUCUCACCCCUCUCCGGACCCCAGAUUCUGCUGAGCUCGCUCUGUCCCAAGGGUGGUGGUCUGCUCCAUCUAGAAUGACCACUAUUGGUAAAUAAACCAGUAGACUCACA